GGCCGCAAUCCGCCUGCUGUGGGCAGCAACAUAAAACUACAAGUCCCAGAGGCCUUUGCUGCGGCCCUUUGGCCCCUUCCUCGGCUCUGACGCAGGCAGGCUGGUCAGAGGGGUCAGCGAUGCCCACCCCAACGCAGGAACCGCACCCGCGGCGGUCGGGGUUCGGGUCCCCGAGCGGGGUGGAGAUCAGUCCCCCCGCUCAGUGAGCAGGGGCUGCUGGGACUUGUAGUUCGGGGCAGGGCCAGCCGCGGGCCAUGGAAGGGUGGCUGGUCAGCGGCUCCAGGCUGGGGGAGAUCGGCUUCUGGGCUGAUAGGACACCUGUUCAUGAAGCGGCCAGGAGGGGAGAGAUCCUGCAGCUGCAGCAGCUGAUAGCGAAUGGUGCCUGCGUAAACCUGGUCACCUACGACUCUAUCACCCCCUUGCAUGAGGCGAGCCUGCGAGGUCAGACGCAGUGUGUGAAACUCUUGCUUGCGGCCGGGGCCCAGGUGGAUGCCAGGAACAUAGAUGGCAGCACUCCGCUCUGUGACGCUUGUGCUUCAGGCAGUAUUGAAUGUGUGAAAGUGCUCCUGUCCCAUGGAGCGAAGGUGAAUCCUCCGCUCUACACAGCGUCCCCUCUCCAUGAAGCCUGCAUGAAUGGGAGUCCGGAGUGCGUGCGGCUCCUGAUCGACGUCGGGGCGAACCUGGAGGCCCACGAUUGCCACUUCGGAACCCCUCUGCACGUAGCCUGUGCCCGGGAGCAUCUAGAUUGUGUGAAGUUACUGCUCAAUGCUGGGGCAAAUGUGAAUGCAGCUAAACUUCACGAGACAGCCCUUCACCAUGCAGCCAAGGUGAAAAAUACGGAUCUGGUAGAGAUGCUGGUUGAAUUUGGAGGAAACAUUUAUGCCCGGGACAACCGAGGGAAGAAACCAUCCGACUAUACGUGUAGGAGCAGCCAGACUGCUAAGUGCUUGGAGUACUAUGAAAAAACGCCCCUGAGCUUGUCGCAGCUCUGCAGAGUUAGCCUGCGGAAAGCCACCGGCCAGCAAGGGCUGGCGAAAAUUGCCAAGUUAAAUAUUCCUCUGCCAUUAAUGAAAUACCUCUCAUACAACUGACCGAAAGAAGGUGCCUCUUCAAUGGCUGGUUCUGGAGCUUACACCCAACCUCCCCAUCAGACCAGGCUCCAAUAACGAGUCUGCCCCACACCCAGAGCUACUGGGCGAAGAUGAUUCCCAGCCAGUGCCAGGUUUGGAUCAGACGUGUGCUGAGGCAUGACCAGACAUGUGCAUGCCCUUAUGUUCUUAACCCUCUGCGGGAACCAAGGCAGCAUAAUGCUCCCACUACAACACCGCCUUUCCUCUGGCAGAGAUUGCUCGGCUCUGCAGCGCUGCUUUCUUUCCCCGGCCUCUCCUUUCCCCCCGUCGCCUUUCACCUCGCCCCCGGCCCCUCCAGAUGGUCUGAAAGCUCCUAUGCUGUACAGGGCAGGAACGCUGCCAAGACUCCCCUUGCUGCCCCUCCUCCCGCCAGCCUGUCCAAAAGAUUCCCACUCCCCUUCCCAAAUUUCCUGUGCCCCUGGUCUGGGCCUCAUGUAGGCCCCUGCCAGGCACAGAAGCAAUGAGUGUUUGCUGGGUCUGUGGCAGCACCUCCUUGGUGGGAUUUGGGACAGGGGGGUUUUAAUUCCAGCCCAGCAGUUUGCCGAUGGCCAUGGUCUCUCUGGCAGUGGGUUUCUGUGUAACCCCCAGCCUGGGUUCAGUAAAUCGUGUGUGGCAAGUCU